AUGAUAAAUCUCGAAGAGCUAAACUUAUGCUUGCAAAUUGCAAGAUCCAACACGACUUUUAUUGAUGGUAACCAAUUAUAUAAUCAAUUUCUCAUUUCCAUGACAAAAUUAAAAAAGUUCACAUUUAACAUCAACACAUUUGUUCAUUAUCGAAAUGUCAACGUUGAACUUCAAUCAAAUGAAGAGAUUCAACGUAGUUUUACAGGAAGAUUUUACCAAGAGGUGUUUUCGCAUGUGAAAAUAAAUCCAUCUGAGCGUGUGGGCGAAUGUCAUAUUUAUUCACUUCCAUAUAAUUUUGAAUAUUACUUUAAUGUUGAUAACUCUUUUUCAGGCGGUAGAUUUGAGAAGGUUCGACAAUUGCGAAUGUACGAUCCGUUUGGUUUCACAUUUGAAUUAUUUCAUCGUAUUUCUCAAGAUUUCCCGUGUCUCGAAUAUUUGAACAUCACGAAUGGCCGCGCAAUGAGAGUCAAACCAGAUCUAUGUACGUCUGUUAUCACAUUCCCGUAUCUCAAAUUUCUAAAUUUGCGCGAAGCUCACGAUGAUUAUGGUGUAUUCUUUCUUUUGAAACAAUACGUGCAUCUACCUCAGUUGGCAUGUCUAAGAGUCCGGCAAGCAUCGCUUGAAAAAAUAACGAAAAACUUUACUAGUGAUCCAAUGACUUUGAAUCUUUCUAAAGUGAAAGAUCUCAACGUAGGUCUAUGGUUUGCUCCACUAGCCACCUUCCACAUGUAUUUUUCCGCGUAA